GUUCUCUCAAUGAUACACAUGAAGCAGUAGGCACACACACACACACACACACACAUGCAUGCAUGCACAUACACACAGACCUGUCGUUCUGCUUAUUGUGUAUGUGUGUCUGUGUUUUAUAUCAAUAGAGAAAGCUGAGGUGUUGUCAUGAACAUCAGUUGUUUGUACUACACUGACCUGAGUAAGCCUCAUUAACUCAGUAUUUGUUCCUCGCACACAUUUCGUACACCUUCAACUUCCAUGUGUGAUGCCGACUUUAAAACAUGGACCUGGAUAUACCCCUUUUCUCAGAAGGAGAUCUUAUCCCUCAGAAAGAUCUAACCACACUACUAAAACUACUACUGCUACAGUCAUGGCAGAGCAGAACAAGAGUGUAGAGGACGACUCUUACUCACAAGGAAUGUUCUAUUUCAGCACUCAGCAUUCAGAUGCUCUUAGAGCUAAUGUUGAAGCAUUUCGUGUGAAUGCAAACUACACUGAUGUUACUAUAAUUAUUGAAGACAAGAAAUUCCCUUGCCACCGAGCCAUCUUGGCAGCAGGUUCUUAUUAUUUCAAAUCAAUGUUUUCGUCUGGAAUGGAAGAAACACAUAAGAACUCAUUUACCAUCAAGCAAAUCGAUCCACUGGUGUUUGGACAUGUUUUGCACUUCAUUUAUACUGGGAGCAUCACCAUUACUACUGGAAUAGUCUUUGAAUUGUUCUCACAAUCUCAUAUGUUCCAAAUCUCAACGUUAGUAGAGUUGUGUGUUCAGUUCUUCAAGGAGGAAAUCAGUGACUCAAACUGUCUUUGCGCAUUGUCUCUGUCUGAUGCCCAUGCACAUAAGGAACUAUACGAGUUCACCAAGGAAUACGCCUGUAAACAUUUCACAUCACUCAUAAAAGAUGAAGAUUUCUUACGCCUCUCUGGCGAAUGUGUGAUAGAUCUGUUGAAGGACAGACGACUAAAUUGUACAACUGAAAGUCAGGUUUUCGAGGCUGCUGUCAAAUGGCUGGAGUAUGACAUUGAACACAGGAAAUCUUUCCGCUACCAGAUGAUGACUUGUGUGAAGUUUCCCUUGAUUGCUCAAAGCUACCUGCUGGAUUACGUGAUCAAAUCCAAUCAUAUGACGUGUGAAAAGGGUCAAGAAAUGAUAGAGGAUGCAAUCUCAUUCCAUACUGUUCCUUCACGGCGUAACUUACUACAAGCUUAUCAGAUUACUCCUCGCUUUGCUUUCUCUUACACGGAAGUUGCUGUACUCCUCGGUGGCAGAGUGGCUGAUGGCCUCAGCAGUGAUGUGGAGUUUUACAGACCAGAUACAAAAGAGUUUGUGUCUUUGAAACCGCUUCCCUUCAAAAAGCGAAACGAAUAUGCUGCUGCAGUGAUCGGCAAUGAGAUUUAUGUGUCUGGUGGUUUGAGAAGUCCAGAAUUAUGGAAAUAUGAUCUCACAUUCCAUUCCUGGAUUAGAGGAAACAACAUGUUACAAGCUCGAAGACGACACGCUAUGGCUGUCGUUGAUAACAACAUUUAUGUAUUGGGAGGAUUUGAUGAAGAAUGUGUGCUAAACACUGUAGAAAUGUGGGAUAGUUCUUCAAAUAAAUGGACAAGCACGGGAAAACUACUGUUUGCUGUAGAAAACAUGGGUUAUGUUGCCUAUGGUAAAUACAUCUAUCUGUUCGGAGGGAAAAACAAUGACGAGGUCGUGACAAAUGUCGUACAAUGUUAUGAUACAACAACACAUACCUGUAGCAUCGUAAAGAAUGGUCUUCCUGCAAAUGACAUGUGCCUCAGUGCUGUGGUAUUGAACUCUCAGAUAUACGUGGUAGGGCUUGAAGGUGUAUUUCGUUACACACCACUAACUGGUAACUGGGACAUUCUCCCCGAAAUGAGAUGUGCCCGUGACUUUGUUAGCUUGGCUGUGCUGGAUGAGAAAAUCUAUUUAUUUGGGGGCCGGUGCAGGGGGUCAAAAGAGAACCUUUAUUCUGAUCUGAUAGAAGUGUACAACUCCAAAGACAACUCAUGGGAUGUUGUUGGCAAGAUCCCUGUGCCAAUGUAUUCAUAUGGUUGUGUGAAAAUAUUUCUCAGUCAAACAAAUACAUAAAAAUCAACACAAAUUCUUUAUAUAUUGAUAUGUGAGUGAGUGUGUGACUGUGAGCAUGUGUGUGCUUAUAUGUUUGUGGUUGUAUAUAUAAAGAUUACCAAAAUACAAACCAUCAUGGAAUGUAUCCAAAACAAUGUCUUACCUGCAGUGUGUUUAGGACAAUUCUGCACAAUGUGAUAUUUCUUUAAUAAUGAUUCAGGGAAAAGUCCACUGCAGUUUUUCACUGCUUUCUCCCUUCACCUCACCCCUUUUGUGGCUUCUAUUGUAUUCUGUUGGGUUUCAUUUUAUUUCUUUUUAAUGUUUGUUUGCUUGUCUCCCCAUCCUCAUCUCUUGCACUUCUAUUGUAUUAUUUAUUUCUAUCCCAAGAAACCACAAAACAAAACUUAAAACAGUAGCCCCUGUUCUUAAUGUCUCAACAAAACUUUAGUAUUUUCCUUAUGUUAUUCUGUCAUUGAAAGCUCGAUUCGUUUUAAAAUAAAUACAGAUAUUUUGUUACCGUCUACAAUGGCAUGAACUUGUCUAAGUCAGCUUUGACUUCCAUCCCUUCAGGAUUGAUCCAAGUAAAUACCAGUAAUACACCAAGGAUUUGGUCAGUUCACUUUCAGUUAACUACAUCUCCCUCUUCAACAAACAUGUGAUCUUGUACCACACAUUUCUUGAAAGGGAGCAUAGAUUCUUCAUCAUCAUCAUCAUCGAUAUCUUUCUCAAGUGUUAAAUUAUUACUUGAACUAUUGUUACACAGAUUGUUAUUCACCUACUACGACCUCUUACCACAGGACCAUUUUUUUUUGUUUUAUUAGCAUCUACUAAAUAGAGAUUGAACUCUUGUUAAAUGUCUUUGGUUAUCCUUAUACAACCAACAAGACAAAUUAUUAUUGCUACAGAAAUGUUUUCUGUCUCUUUAAUUUUUACUG